AUGAUUCAUCCAUUCCCAUCCCUUCCCCAACAACAAGCAGGAGGAAGAGGCGGCCGGCCUUCUGGUCGCUCUUCAUGCGCAAGCCGCAGAGCCACCCGCCCAGGAGAGGGCUUUACCUGCCCUCGCCAUAGCCCCUCUGAGGAAGCGGCGGCCGGCCUUCUGGUCGCUGUUCAUGCGGAAACCACAGAGCCACCCUCCCAUGAGGGGCUGUACCUGUGGGGCGGCGUGGGCACAGGCAAGACCAUGAUGAUGGACCUCUUCUUCCACGAGCUCCCCGAGUGGAUCACCAAGUCGAGGAUUCACUACCACGACUUCAUGCUCUCAGUGCACUCCAGACUGCAGAAACACAAGGGCACGUCCGACCCCUUGGAGGUUGUGGCGACCGAAAUCACGUCUGAAACGAGAGUUCUGUGCUUGGAUGAGUUUAUGGUAACAGACGUUGCAGAUGCCAUGAUUCUCAACCGCCUCUUCAAGCAUUUAUUCGACAGAGGACUGGUGCUCGUGGCAACAUCUAACCGCCCCCCAAUACGCCUCUACGAGAACGGCCUUCAACGGGACCUCUUCCUCCCCUUCAUCGCUCUCCUCCAGGUGAACCCCCUCUCCCUUGCAGUGCAGGUAACCUCCUACUCUCUUUCCCCACCAGCUAGCUUCAAAACACCUAUUCCGCCGCCACCCCGCCUUCCCUCCACACCACGUCCUCCUGGCUUUGCAAGAACCUCUUCCUCGCCCCGGUUCCAAGGAACCUCUUCCUCCCCUCUUCCUCCACUCGGCCUCCCCUUGGCUUUGCAAGUAUGGGGAGGCGAAGGGGAGGAAGAGGAGGUUCCGACCCUGGCUCCUCUGCUACAGCUGCUUGUUUGUGGUAGAUCUCAGUGUGUGGUGCAUGAGAUCCAGUCAAUGACUGACUACAGAAAGCUGGCAGCGGUGGAGCAGGGGUGGUACUUCACAGGCACAGGGGCGGCAGCGCUACUGGGGAAGAAGGUGGAGCUGCUGGUGGGAGGGGCGGACCUGGGCCCUGUGGACGUUGAAGUGCUUAUGGGAAGGAAACUCAGGCAUUUCAUCCUCACUCCCUUCAUCCUUCCCAUCCCCACCAUCAGGGAACUGGCAGCAGUGCACUUAUUUGAGCUCUGUGAUGUGCCUCUCGGUGCUGCAAGGUGCAACGAGCAGCCUGUCGGAAACCUCUGCACCUCCUGCAAGGGGGUCACAGCACUCAGAUUCUUUGACCUCUGUGAGGUGCAACGAGCAGCCAAGGGAGUGGCGGCAGUCAAAUUCUUCGAGCUCUGUGAGAGGUGCCUCUCGUGCUGCAGGGUGCCGUUCGGAGCCGCAAGGUGCCUCUCGGUGCUGCAGGGUGCCGUUCGGAGCCGCAAGGUGCAACGAGCAGCCAAGGGAGUGGCGGCAGUCAAAUUCUUUGAGCUCUGUGAGGUGCCGCUUGGUGCUGCUGACUACUUCGCCCUCUGCA